AGAAGAAGAAGAAGAAGAAGAAGAAGAAGAAAAAGGAGCAAAAGCAGAAGCAUGGCUGCUGACAUGAGAUUACCAACUAUUCAAAAACCAGUGUCGCUAUCAGUUUCUGCUUUGGGCCGAAAAGAUUUGGUCGUCCCCGGCGAUGUUAUCACUUCAGACACCGGCUUCAUGAGAGGUCAUGGUACCUAUGUGGAUGAAGACAAGCUGACGGCUUCAGUUGCUGGAGAGGUGCAGAGAGUAGACAAGCUGAUCUGUGUCAGACCACUUAAGACCAGGUUCAACGGUGAGGUUGGAGAUGUGGUGGUUGGCAGAAUCACAGAGGUUCAACAGAAACGGUGGAAAGUGGAGACCAACUCACGGCUGGACUCUGUCCUCUUGUUGUCCUCUGUCAAUCUGCCUGGAGGAGAGCUGAGGAGACGAUCAGCAGAAGAUGAGCUCACCAUGAGAGAAUACCUUCAGGAGGGCGAUCUCAUCAGUGCCGAAGUGCAGUCUGUGUUCUCCGAUGGAGCCCUUUCCCUGCACACCCGUAGUUUAAAGUAUGGAAAAUUGGGGCAAGGAGUGCUGGUGCAGCUUUCUCCUUCUCUGAUCAAGAGGCAGAAAACACAUUUUCACAACCUGCCAUGUGGUGCGUCAGUCAUCCUCGGGAAUAACGGCUUUGUGUGGUUAUAUCCCACACCUGAACAACAGGAUGAAGAGGCUGGGGGCUUCUACACCAGCCUGGAGCCUGUUGGUCUGUCAGAUCGAGAAGUGAUUUCACGGCUGAGAAACUGCCUACUGGCUUUGGCUGCACAUAAGGUCCUUUUGUAUGACACCAGUGUUCUCUAUUGCUACGAAUCCUCAGUUCAACACCAGGUCAAGGACAUCUUGAAACCAGAAGUGAUGGAGGAGAUUGUAAUGUUGACGCAACAGAAGCUGUUAGAACAGGAAGGUUAAAGAGCCGAAAUCCUAACUGUGACCCUAUCACAAAACCCAGAUCACAUCCAGCAGUUAUGUCAGGGACUGACCACCUAUCCGAGGAUCGAACUAUCCUUUUUUCCAAGAACCAUUCUUAUUGAGAUUGUCCUGUUGGACAGUUGAACAGCUCCAAUUGUAUUUUAUGUAACAAAACUGAUGAUUACUAUUUGACUGCUUAUGGAAAUGAUGGGCAUUUUCUCCUAGUUCUGCGGAAAUCACAAAACAGCUGUUCUUACAUUUUACAGAGGUAUAGUGGAACACUUUUGAUAUGUGGUGUUAUACAAAAAAAACUGUUGUUGCAAUACAUUUUCUAUAAAUAUCAA